UUGAAAAAAGCUUCAGGACCAAGUAAAAUUAUAUUAUCUUGAUCCGCGCCCGGAGUAUACAAUCAACGUAUAUGAGACGCUUUCAUUUCAAAACCCUUGCAAACGCGUAUAAGAUCACAACGAUGUCACACGUGGAAGAUGAAAAACUCGAUCAUCAGCAGCCCUGCAGCAUCUCUGGUGCUUGUUUUGUUUUUAACGAUAGUGGAAAGUUCUUCAGACAACUUUUACAGAUACAGUGUAAAACGAGGGAAGGAAGAUACGCAACUGAGUCAAUAUGCAGGAAAGGUGGUGCUUGUGGUGAAUGUGGCUUCUGAGUGUGGUUACACUGAUGGUCAUUACAAAACUCUGGUCAGAUUGCAGAAGAAGCUGGGCGCAAAUGACAAAUUCACCGUCCUAGCUUUCCCAUGUAACCAGUUUGGUAAACAGGAACCUGGGACCUAUGAAGAAAUUUUGUCUUUUGCAAAGAAGAAUUACAAGGUCAACUUUCCAAUAUUUUCUAAAGUAAAUGUGGUGGGAGAUGAAGUUCCUGAUGCCUGGAGAUAUUUAACUGAGAAUUCAGAACAGCCUACAUGGAAUUUCUGGAAGUACUUGGUAGAUGAGGGAGGGAAAGUUGUUCGAGCUUGGGGACCUUGGAUAACGGUGGAAGAUAUCACCCAAGAUAUCAUAGAUGUUAUUGAUGGAAACUAUAAUGUCAAAUCAAGGGGUGAACUGUGAAGGUCAUCAUGCCAAGAGACUCUUUAGAUGACAUCAUGAAAAAAUUUAAAGAAUCCCCCCCUCUAGCAAUCCACAUUUAGAAUACAUGUCAGUUGAUCUGCUGUGAUUGUAUAGGAAUUGGUGAAUAGAUCAGAAAUACAUAUAUUUACUGUUAAGCAAGAAUAUUCUAUCAUUCAGUCUUAGGAUCCUUACCUUUGAGUUGUACUUUAGAAAAUUUCUAUGAUUUUGUCUUAAAAAGAUGUCUUGAAAUUUUGUUUUUUCAUCAUUGUUCUUCAUAGUAUCAAAUGCCUUUUUUUUGUUGGCUGAUUUAUCCAUUCAUGCAAAUUUGUUAUCCACAACAAAAUGACUGUAGUAUUAAUUUGCUCUUUAAUUGACAGUCCAUGAUUAGUGAAAGUUUAGAUCGAUGAUGACUUUUGAGCUAUACAUACCUGUAAUAAAGCUAACUUUAUUGGUUAAAUGUGAUGGUUAACAGAAAAUUCUGCAAGGACUUGCCAUGGACAGUUUAAUUAUAACAAAAAUAUUCAUGACAUGUUACACAAUACGGAUUUUCAUUAUUUCAUCAGUAUGCAUCAUCAAGUAAUGUAAUUGGUUGUCCAGUGAAUAUUGCUACCUAGGAGACUAUGGAACUGCAUGUAACCAGAAACAUUAUAACAUGUCUCUAAUGUUACAUUUACUGAUGUAUUGUAGUGAGUAUUGAACAACAGGACAUAGUAUUGGUUUUUUGUUUUUCUGCUUUGUGGGUAAUCUGCACAAUACUGGGAGUGUCUGUUUAUGUUAUUUCACAAUAACAAUGCUGUGCAUUAGAUUUACCUUUAAUACUGUUUGUAGCUGUUCAGCUAUGACAGUUUUUCUUUGGGAAGGGGUGGAUGGGGUAGAUUUGAUGUUUAAUAAGAUUCAGAUUUUAUAAGUCGUGGAAGAAAAACUGAGUCAGCAACACAAAAUUGUUAAAAAUUGUAAACUGCUUCAGCCAUUACAUUGUCAAUGGCAAGAUACAGUGUAGUAUUAUUAUUUUUUUGUUGGUUGUUUGUAGUAUUUGAUUAUCAGUAAUUAAAUGUAAUGUAAAUGUACAAA